AUGUCUGUAUCCUCGUACGGUGGUACGCCACGUGGCAAUGAGCUACUACCGCUGCGCGGCUCGAAUCAGCCAACAAUGGGAGAAAUGUUCGGAUCACGAGUCAGAGAUUCAAGAUCAAUCACAGCGGAUCAGGCACUAAUCCAUAUGAUCAAAGUGAUGAUGGGUACAGGAAUGUUGUCUCUUCCAUUGGCAUUCAAGCAUUCGGGUCUCUGGUUGGGACUGAUUCUUCUUUGUUGUAUUUGUCUGAUUUGUAUAUAUUGCACCAGACAACUGAUCUUUGGGCAACACUAUAUCACUUUUAUCAAGCGAGAGCAACGAAUGGAUUAUGCAAAUGUGAUGAGAUCCGCUGUAGAGUUGGGUCCCGCCUGGAUUCGAGGCCACGGAUAUCUUUUCAAACAAAUGGUCAAUUUGAACAUGUUCGUCGCUCAAUUCGGCUUUUGCUGUGUCUACUUUGUAUUCAUGGCUGACAACCUGAAACAAUUUUUCGACCAGACCUCCAAUAUUCAUAUCUCUCAAGCUGGUUGGAUUGCUCUUCUUUUGAUUCCAAUCAGUGCCCUAUGCACUAUUCGGGAACUGAAAGCGUUGGCUCCAUUGGCUGCUAUUGCUAAUUUUGUGUAUUUGAUUGCAGUGGUUAUCGUCUUGCAAGAUUUGUUCUCAGAAUGGCAACCAUGGGACCAACUUCCAGCCUUCGGAUCCAUUGAAUCCCUUCCAUUAUUUUUCGGUACUGUAAUGUUUGCUUUCGAAGGAGUAGCCGUUGUGCUUCCAAUUGAAAAUCAAAUGAACGAACCAAUUCACUUUAUCACUCCUAACGGUGUUCUUAACACUUCCUGUGUCCUAGUUCUCCUUGUUUAUAUGACAGUUGGAUUUUUCGGAUUCUUGAGAUAUGGAAACGAUAUUAAGGACACCUUAACACUCAACUUACCACAGACUCCAUUCUAUCAAGCUAUCAAAGUAAUGUUUGUGCUGUGCAUUCUGGUUUCCUACCCUCUUCAAUUUUACGUUCCAAUGGAGAGAGUCGAGAAGUGGAUUAAGAGAAAAGUCGUGGAGACAAAGCAAGAACCAUUGAUUUAUGCGAUCAGAUUUGGUGGAGUACUAUUGACCUGCGCCAUGGCUCAACUGAUUCCCCACUUGGCACUAUUCAUCUCUCUCGUUGGAAGUGUAGCUGGAACAUCCCUCACCCUUGUCUUCCCACCACUUAUCGAGCUUUUGUGCUGCUAUUCAAGGCAAGAAUUGACCAAAUGGGUUUGGAUAAGAAACAUUGGAUUGAUGCUGUUCGCUUUAGUCGGAUUCACAACUGGUACCUAUGCCAGUAUGGUACAGAUUGUGGAGGCUUUUGGAAAGUCUGAUGUUUAG